CUUCAUUUCUAAAGUAAGAGAGUUAAAUGUUUGUGAUAUUGGAGGGUGAUUAUUAGGAAGGCUCAAUGCAUAUGAUACAAACGACCCCACCGCACCGGAUAUACCUCAUACAAGUCCGCUAUAUAAUAAACCAGAAACCUCUUCCUCUCUCACCAUCACUCACACACAUAACACAUUCUUCUUGUCCUUCAUCCAAAAUCCAAUUCCAAGCUUUAAAUUAAUCAAUCAUGGAUCGCAACGCUGCCCUCCUCACUGCCCUCAUCUGCAUUAUCUUCUCCUCCGUCGCCGCUCAAUCACCUUCCUCCUCCCCCACCACCUCCCCAACCACCACCACUCCACCACCAACCGUCGCAUCCCCACCUGUCUCCACUCCUCCGCCAGUCAGCUCACCACCACCUGUCGCCACUCCACCUCCAGUAGCCACUCCCCCUCCUGUUGCUUCACCACCACCAGCAGCCACUCCUCCUCCUGCAGCUUCACAACCACCAGCUCCCGUCCCAGUCUCUUCCCCAGUCGUGACUCCAUCGGCUGCACCAUCUCCCUUAACUUCGAGCCCACCAGCACCACCUACUGGAGCACCUUCUCCGGCUGUCACCACCACCGGUGUAUCUCCGGCACCAUCAGCAACUGACGUGAGUGGAGUUGAGAAGAUGGGAUCGAUGGUUGGAAGCUUGGUUUUUGGAUGUGCUCUUGUGUACUCGUUGAUCUAGAGAGAUGUAUAUUUUCUAAAUCUUCUACAGUCAUCAUCUAUGACGGAUAUUCAUAUAUUUUGAUUCAUUGUAUUUUGAAGUGAAUUUAGUUGGGAUUCUUUUGAGGACGAUGUUUUUUUUGUGUAUUUCGGGGGACUUAUUAUAAUAUUAUUAUUAAUAUCUCUUUACACUUUUUGUUACUGUGCAUUUGGUAUUUAUGCAACUAUAAUGUGUUCG